CCGUUCAGUUCUUCAGCAUGUUUAAACUGUUAUAUGUAUUUGUUAUUUCUAUCUUAAUUGGAAUUUCACAGUUUGUUUAAUUAAAUCCAGUGAUUAGAAGUUUCUAUUGAUGACUCAUGACUGAAAUGAAAUGACUCUGAAAUCAUGAAUGACUAAUAAUUUUGAGUCAAACAGACAAAUGCAAAAAAUCUCGUAACCACAUGUGGUAAUCAGCUGUAGUCAUCGUUUUGAUAACCAUGUUACGUUUAUUAUUUCGUCGUAAUUUAAUUGAAUCUAAAGUAGUUACACGGUUUGUCAGGCAAUUUUCUUCUCAGGAAACCAAUGCUAUUCCUAAGAAACAAGUGUCUACUCCAUCUAAUGAUUUGGAGGAUAAUUUACUAUUUGAGAAGAUCGAGUCGAUCGAGAAAACCUUCAACAAUGUCAUAGAAGAUAUCGAUGGUAUUGACCAAAACCUGACCCAUAGUAGUGAGUUAAAUGACGAGGAGGAAGGUGAAUUACUAUCAUCUUUAAAAGAAAUGGCUGCCACUUAUGUUGAAAAAAAAUUGCCAACAAAGAGAAAAGGUGACAAAAGUUUAGCUGAAAAUCAUCUACGGACAACAUUGAAAUCGUACUUAUUUGCUUGUAUAAAUGCAAACAUGAUUGAACAAGCUCAAAAAAGUUUCACCUUUUAUCGUUUCAAAUUCAAAAGCGAUAAAAAUUUCAAUCCGGUUGAUCUCUCUAUUUACAAUUUGAUGAUCAGAGGAUGGGCAGCCAAAGGAGAUAUUAAACAAAUCAAACAUCUUGUCAAGUCUAUGAGACACUAUGGAAUCAUCCCCGAUAUGAAUACAUAUGCAGGUAUUUUGCUGGGUCUUAUUAAUCAAGAUAAUAUAGAUCUGAUUGAGUUAAACAAUCUGCUGAGAACAAUUGAAGCCACUGGUUAUAAAUUGGAAAAUCUAAUCACAGAAUCAAGUUUAACUUUGACUGAGCGUAAAAAAAUUGAAGAUAAAUUUCACCAACUUUUACCAUCUGUUAAGUUCGUCAAAAGUAAAAGUACAACACAUUACCCGUGUGAUCUUCUCAAAGAUUUUGAUAAACUCAACCGAACCAAUUAUGAAGUUAUCCCAGAUGAAUAUAAACAAUCAAUUAAACCUUGGUAUUUGGAGCAAUUGAGCCAUGAGCGUCGAGGAAAAGUCCUGAUUAAAUCGGUUUUCAUCGAUAAAUCCAUUAAAAGUGAUAAAAAUCGUAGUGCUUGGGAAAACUGUACACAUGAAUGGAGAGAAGUCGUUCACACAGGCUUUCAAGAAAAGUUAAAGAUUCUCAAAACUCGUCUACAAUUUGAACACGGAAUUAAUAUCGUGCCCUAUUUGAGUGCCAUGAAAAUUGAUGACUAUGUUGAUAUAAUUAUGGAUUCGUUUUUUGAUUUUCUUCGUUAUAACAGUGGUUACAGUCCUCCAAUCAACUUUCUUUGUCGAGAUAUUGGCAAAAGAUUUGCCAAUAAGUAUUACGGGUUCUUGAAGACUCUUUACUAUGCAGAAUGGUUGGAUUAUUAUAAAGAUCUAUUAGAUUAUUAUCAAGAUUCAUCAAAACUGGGAAAAUAUAAACCUCGAGAUUACAUAAAUCAUUUAAUUGAACGGGAUGGUGGAAAUAUCAGUCCAGAUUUCAGUGACUUUCAUUUAACGGAUAGCUUGCUAAAUUCAAUUGGAAGAUUUUUCUUUGAUAUAAUAAUCAGUGAAAUCAAAUUUGAUUCAAAAUUCAUCUCACCCAAAUCAAAGGUUCGAACAAAAUUGCCAGUUUUUUUUACCAUUUAUGGUAAUAAUGAAAGUCACACUCAAGAAGAGAUUCGAGUAAAUAAAAUCUUCCGAGCUUUCUAUCAAACUUUCGAAACUGAUGAAAUAGCAUUUCAGACAAGCUUAUUGCCAAUGCUAGUCCCUCCAACUCCAUGGGUAUCAAUACAAAAUGGAGGAUAUUUACUCAGUGAAUCUGAUUUCAUCCGUCCGGUUGGAAGUGAUGAAGACUCAUCCAUAAGUCUUGAUCUUGCAUCUCGACAUAACAUUUUACCUAUUUUUGAUUCUUUAAAUGCCUUAUCAAUGGUUGCUUGGAAAAUUAAUACAAAGAUCUUGGAUAUUCUCAUAGAGCUUUUUCGUGAAUGCGGUGAUCUCAGCUUGGAUAUUCCUCUUCAUGACUCUAAAAUGCCAACCCUUCCUAGUUUUGUUGAAGCCAGAACAAAUCAGGAAAGAUUUUUAAUAGUGCAAAAACGAGGUAGGAUAAAACAGGAAAAGGCAGAGAUGUACAGUUUAUGGUGUGAAUGUUUGUAUAAAUUGUCAAUAGCUAAUUUCCUUCGUGAUAGAAUAUUUUGGUUCCCUUAUAACAUCGAUUUUAGAGGUCGAGUUUAUACUUGUCCUCCGCAUCUAACUCACCUUGGCAAUGAUAUCUCCAGAUCCAUCCUUUUAUUUGCCAAAGGGAAGCCGUUGGGACCUAAAGGAUUAGAUUGGUUAAAAAUACAUUUAAUCAAUCUUACAGGCUUGAAAAAACGUGAAACCAUUGAAACUCGAUUAGAAUAUUGUAAUGAAAUAUUUGAUGAAAUAGAAGAUUCAGCGGAUAAUCCUCUCACUGGCCGUCGAUGGUGGUCAAAACAAGAUGAUCCAUGGCAAGUUUUGGCUUGUUGCAUGGAAAUUGUUGCAGCUUCUCGAUCACCUGAUCCAAUAAAUUUCAUUUCACAUUUUCCUGUUCACCAAGAUGGCUCCUGUAACGGUCUGCAACAUUAUGCUGCUUUAGGAAGAGAUUUAAAAGGUGCUAUUUCGGUAAAUUUGGCUGCCAGUGUGAAGCCUAACGAUGUUUAUUCAGAUGUCGCUGAAUUGGUAGAGCAAGAAAGGAUUUCUGAUGCUGCUCAAGGAAAUGUAAUUGCUCAAGCCUUACAAGGCAAAAUCAAACGCAAAGUGAUUAAACAAACAGUGAUGACAUUUGUUUAUGGUGUAACUGCCUUCGGUGCCAAACAUCAAAUUCACAAACAAUUAAAGGAAAUCGACGACUUUCCUGAAGAUUUACGUUGGAAGGCAUCUAUUUAUCUAACUAAAAAAACUUUCAAAUCCAUUGCGACAAUGUUCGAAGCUACUCAAGAAAUUCAAAAUUGGUUUACUCGAUGCGCUAAAUUAGUCAGCAAAAAUUUAGGACUACCCAUGGAAUGGCGAACUCCUCUUGGAUUUCCCGUCGUUCAACCUUAUUUUGCUAGUAAAGCCAGUCAGAAAGAAUUAGAUUUAAUUUUCCGUAAAAAAUUCAUUCCAAAUAUGAUUAAACAACGGAACGCUUUCCCACCGAAUUUUAUCCAUUCUCUGGACUCUAGUCAUAUGAUGUUAACUGCUUUGGAAUGCGAAAGACUUGGACUUAAUUUUGCAGCAAUUCAUGAUUCUUAUUGGACACAUCCAUGCAAUAUUGAUGUUAUGAAUGUUGUUUGUCGACAAAAAUUUAUUGCUCUUCAUUCUGUGGACAUUUUAGGAGAUCUUUCUAAAUUCAUGGUAGCUCGAUAUACACCUCAGAUUGAAAAAAUUGCCUCAAAUCCUGAAAUUGCCUCUGAUGUUUUGAAUCUUUUUAAAGCUGUUCCGGCUAAAGGAACCUUUGACUUGACCCAAGUUCAAUCUUCUGUCUUCUUUUUUUCAUAAUUUUGCAAAAUUUGGACCUCUCACCGUACGGUGCCUUAAUAGUCAAGUUCAUUGUUACAAACGUCGCAAUCAUUGUCCAAAGACUCAUUUAUUGUUACUAUUGAUACUGAACAUUUUUUGUUAAAUCGACACAAAAUCAUUAAUCAAAUGUAAUUAAAAUUCAUCAAAAGAAACGAUUCUUUAUCAAGAAAGGUUGUAAAAAGUUAGAUAGUUUAUUGUAAUUAAAAGUUUUUUAAAAAAACACUUCAAGUGAACGAAAA